AUGGAUAGCACAUCAAGCAAUCUCACCAACCUUGGCUGCGACUUUGUCGUGGCUACAACGCAGGCUAGCAUAAAUUCUAGCAUGGUAAAAUUUAUAGAUCAAGCACGCCAGGAAGUCAAGUAUCUAUGCUACCUGGUAAACCCGACAACCGGUGACCUGGAGGACCCAAUCACCCUGGAAGAAUUGAUGAAGCAGACUGGCGGUAUCAAUCCGUUUGAUAUCCCCAAAGGCACCCCUUAUGAUGACCCAAGAAUAACCGCCUGCACUAAUGCCCUUUUCCAAGUUGGCAUCAAGAUGCGGAUAGGGAUACCGCGAAACGUUAACCCAAGAGACUUGUCCAUUGUCAACUUUGGUCAAAAACUCCGCAGUGUCGAUUUCAACAUGUACUACUCAGAUAUUACUGUCAUUGAAAACGAUCCUGUGAAGUGGGGAUAUUCAGGCAGCUGGAAUAUUUGGGAGCAGCCCAGCGAUAAACCUUGGGCAGCUUCGUGCACCGUCGAUCUCGUCCUGAACGAUCUCAGCAAACACCUCGACGACCUUUAUUUCAACAGUCACCCAGACGCCAAGUUUCAACUUAGGCGUGCGCUGGAAAAUCUGUCUGAUACAAUGUUCAGCCUUGAGCAGUUGUGUCUCCGCUGGGGGGCCACCAAACCGCGAAAUGAUGUCAAUUUUCCAGGCAUGGAUAUGAAAACAAAAGCUGGUGGUUGCCUAGUAUCUUGUCUCUUCAAAGGGUAUUUACAAUUUGCCUCUAGACACAGCUUUCCGCCCCUCGUCGUCUCGGCUGUCACAUAUCCCAACCAUGACCCGUCUCUGUACAUGACAGCAAUUUCGGGGAGAGCUGUGAAUCCGCCCAGAGACAGCUCCGGUAACCCUCUAUCAUCUCCUUCCUCAUCCGAACAAGCAAUCGCCACGCUUAACUAUAUCUGCACUAUCAAUAACAAUGGAGUGACGGAUGUUUCAGACUUCAAUUGGAAUUGGGUGCGGCUCGAGGACGUCAAUAAUAAGAGUGGUGUCAUUGCAAUUCGCCGCAAUGUAGUGGCUCAAUUCUUCCUGGAUGUCCUUAAGCGUCUAGCUCCUCGUUACAUGUAUGAACCGGUUGCUCGGAAAGAAGAAAACUACCGCCUACAAUUGCUCAAGGGAGAGUGGCUUAGUGAUGCGACAGCUAAUCUUACAAAUGACGACAGCAGCCGUGUGCUCCAUAUCCAGGCGGGAGUCCCUCCGAGUGAGCCUCUACCGUCCUGGGAUGACCAGAGCAAUGGGAUGAAAGUUUAUAUCGGCCAAGGUAUCAAGUAUGCCAAGGUAGAUAUUCACCCCGGCUAUUCUUGUGAUGUCUAUUUCGAAGGGCAAGAAGUCAGGAUUGAGCAGCGCUUGUGGGUUACUGCCGCGGUUGCUGCCGAGUUCCCACACCAAAACCGGGAUUAUGCAGAGCACAAACCGUUCGACAAGUAUUUGACAGAGAAAUACUCGUUGUCUGUCCGUCAAGGCGGAGGGUUUUAUUUGAGUAGAACGAGUUGCAUGUCUGACGACAAAUCUGAACGAUGCUGGGAAUAUGGCGACAGUGACAGCUCCGAUACCGAGACCGCGAAGAAAGGCUUCUUUUACAACCUCCGACAGAUGAUGGAUGAUCUGAUGCCUGCCGAGAUGAGCUUAAUAGACAUCUGUCAGCCAAACCGCUUCAUAUUUCCUGGAGCCCAACCAUUUACAUAUCAAGACCCCUUCUUCUCCAAGCAUCAAGACUUGAUAGCCAGUAUUCCCCGUCUCAACAAUUACAUGGUCAGUCCUAACCCGGAUCCCCAAACGACCCCCAGUGUGUUUCUGAUCGACUUUUCAACCCAUUCUCAAAACUAG